AAAAAACUGACCGAAAGGUUUCCUGCUUUGGCACUUUUUCUCAUCUAAAAAUGAUUAUCCAAGAAUUCCGUGUCGUCAACAACUGUACAGAAGAAGAGUAUCAAGUUGCUCAACUGUAUGCAACUGCUCAAGCAUCCAAAGAAAACACUGGUGGUGGUGAAGGUGUUGAGGUUUUGAAGAAUGAGCCCUAUGAAAAGGAAGAUGGUGAAAAGGGCCAGUAUACAUACAAGAUCUUCCGCUUGGCUUCCCGUGUUCCAUCAUUUGUGCGUGCUAUUGCCCCAGCUGGAUCACUUGACAUGUACGAAGAAGCAUGGAACGCCUAUCCCCGAUGCAAGACUGUUCUUAGAAACGGCUGGAUGAAGGAUGCCUUCUCCAUUGUAUAUGAAACUCUCCACGUUGAUGGAUCACGCGGUGAGCUUGACAACGCAUUAAAGAUUUCCGAAGCUGACCUCAAGAAGCGUGAAGUCAUCUUGAUCGAUGUUGCAAACGACAAGGUCGAUUCCAAGGACUACAAGCCUGAAGAAGACCCUAAGCUAUACCACUCAGAGAAGACCGGUCGUGGUCCUCUGAAUGAUCCUCAAUGGAUCAAGAAGGUCGAACCUGUUAUGACCUGUUACAAGUUGGUGUACAUUGAAUUCAAGUGGUUCGGUUUGCAAUCUCGUGUUGAGUCUUUCAUUGCCAAGACUGUUCACAACUUGUUCCUUAAGUUCCACAGACAAUUGUUCUGCUGGACCGAUAGCUGGUAUGGUAUGAGCAUUCAAGAUAUCAGAGAUCUUGAGGCUAAGACAAAGGAAGAUUUGGAUAAGAAGCGACAGGAUGGAUCCGCAGUUGAAGGUACCACUGCCCCUGCAGAGUAAAGUCACUUUAUUGAGACAAAACGUACAAGAUCUGUUAUACAGUAGAAGUGAUCGUAUAUCUGACAAUUUGCCCCCCACAUUUCUGU